GCUAGAUGGCGGUAAUUCACUAAGACAUUGUUUACCAACUACAUCAAUUUAACAGGAAGAAACCGGAAGAAGUGAAACUAGCUAACUGCUAACAAUCUGGAGGAGAACUUGACAUUGGGAGAAUGCGCGCCCCUCUGCGCUGGGUGCUGUGGGAUGUGAAGGACACCCUGCUGAAGGUGCGUACGUCUGUGGGAGAGCAGUACGCCAAGGAAGCGGAACACGUGGGUGUGAAGCUGAGUCCGGUGGAGGUUGGCGCUGCUUUUCAGAAGGUUCAUCGAAAUUAUUCCAGCAGAUAUCCAAACUAUGGAGUCUCUGAGGGCCUGGAUGGACAGGCUUGGUGGAUGGGAGUGGUAAAGGACACUCUGUACCAGUGCAGGGUCACAGAUCCAGAGCUGUUGAACACCAUCGCAUACAAUCUUUAUCACAACUUCUGCAGCGCAGAGAACUGGGAGGUCUAUCCAGACACGAGGAAAGCCCUGGAGAGCUGUUCCUCUCUGGGGUUGAAGCUGGCCGUGGUUUCCAACUUCGACAACCGCCUUGAAGCUAUUUUGCGAAGCUGCGGCCUGCUGUCGCAUUUCAGCUUUUUAGUAACGUCAGAGGGAGCCGGCGUGGCGAAGCCAGACCCGGACAUUUUCCAUCAGGCCCUGCAGAAAUGUGGAGCGUCCGCUGACAGCGUGGCUCACGUCGGAGACCAUCAUGUCAACGAUUACCUGGCCUCUCGGUCCGUGGGCAUCCGGGGAUUUCUUUUAGACAGAGACGGCAUGCAGAAGGCGGUUUCCGUUCCUCGGGAGCACCGGCUGGCCUCGUUGGAGGAGCUGCCGUCACGACUUCAGCAACAUACUGAAUAGUGGCAAAGCAUGAAUGUAUGUGUUUAGUUUUAUCAUUUGUAUUUCUUUGUUCUGUAAAUAAACAGGAAACAAAGUUAAUCCAAAUAAACUAAUAAGUUUUUCCAUCAGCACCUUUUAAAGUAUCUGUAAACUGCUGGUUGGAUGAGAUUUUUCAAUGAAAGCAUUAAAAAUGUUUAAAUUCA